AUGAUAAGCACUAUCAGCGGUGGCCCCACCAUCGCAGGAAUGAGCAACCGUUCAAUGAAGCAAUACGUGCGUGCCGCAGAAUUUCCUCAGGUAUUCGGUAUAGAGGUGAAUCGGCACCAUGAAAUACCGAAAGUUCGUUGGGAACCAAUCACAUUUUGUGAAGAGGAGGAAGAGGGCAUCCUCUAUCCCCACGACGACCCGAUGAUCGUCCGAGCAGAAAUUGCCGACUACGAUGUAGGACGGGUGCUGAUCGAUACCGGGAGCUCGGUAGAAGUAAUUUUUGCCGAAGCUUUUCGAGAGAUGGGAAUAAAGGACAGCCAGGUCAACCAGCAGUUGACACCUUUGUUAAGUUUCUCUGGCGACCUGGUCCAACCGGUCGGUAGUGUAAAACUGCCAAUUACCUUCGGCACCGCGCCAAGGAAAACGACGGUAUACGAUCAGUUCCUCAUCGUUGACUGCCCAACAGCAUACAUCGUCAUAGUUGGACGAACGGCACUCACCAGGGUCAAGGCACAUCUUUCCCCCCACAUGCUAUUGAUGAAGUUCCCGACCCCCAACGGCACAGGGGCUGUCCUAGGAAAUCAGUUAAGCGCGCGGACUUGCUACGCCACGGCCCUCAAGUCAACCUCUUUCAAAAUCCCCGACGAGACCAUGUCAGUACAGGGGAUACCAAACGGUACGGGACCAGUUGACGACCCAAGAGAUGAGUCCCCAACUCCUCACACACAACCUGCCGAAGAACUGGAGACGAUAACCCUGAGCGAAGAGCAGCCCGAUCGUCGGGUUAGAAUCGGCACCAAACUCACCCCUGCCCUCCGAGUGCAGUUCAUAGACUUCUUGCGGCGCCAUUUGGAAGUGUUCGCAUGGUCCUACGAAGAUAUGCCCGGCAUAGACCUCGAGAUCAUCAGCCAUAAACUCAGCAUUUCCCCAGCUUAUAAGCCUGUGAGACAGAAGCGCCGUUCGUAUGAUGCCGAACGAUAUGAUGCCAUGCGCACAGAGGUUGACAAACUUCAAACUAUCGGCUUCAUCAGGGAGGCUACAUAUCCGGUAUGGCUGGCAAAUUUGGUGAUGGUCCGGAAGGCUACAGGCGGUUGGCGAAUGUGCCAAGACUAUACCGAUCUGAACAAGGCCUGCCCGAAGGACAGCUUUCCGUUGCCACGGAUAGACCAGCUCGUGGACGCCACCGCCGGACACGAACUGCUCAGCUUCAUGGACGCCUAUUCGGGAUACAAUCAGAUAUUGAUGCACCCUUCCGACAGCGAACACACCGCCUUCAUAACAGACAGAGGAUUGUACUGUUACAAUGUCAUGCCGUUCGGCCUGAAGGACGUGGGGGCAAUGUAUCAGAGGCUUGUCAACAGAAUUUUCGCCAAAUACAUCGGCAGCAUCAUGGAGGUUUACGUUGACGACAUGUUAGUGUUUGGGCCCAAAUUCGGCACGCCCAAAGCCCUAAAAACAGGCCCAGAGUAA